UGAUCGGAGGGAAGUGAUGUUGGUGUCAUGCUCUUUGUAUUAGUGGUACUUGGUCUGGUGAUCGGAGGGAAGUUUGUGUUGGUGUCAUGCUGUUAACCCUUAUGAGACUAUGUACUAAUGUGUUGUAUUGUUAUGAACUUUAUGAAUUACAAAUGUGUUGUAUUGUAAUGAAUUAAAUGUAAGGGUUGGUGCACUUUUUUGUUAGUCAAUUGUUUAUUCCUCCAUAGUUAAUUGUUUAUGCCUCCACUCCAUGUAUAUUGUUCGAUUCAAUCACUUGCAUAAUUAACUUAUUGAUAUCGAAUUUGUCACCCAACUGUGCAAUGUGACUUUAAAAUGUGACUUUGAAACAACAACUACUUGUCUCGUGAACCACUUUAAACAACAUAAUAAUUCAAAGGUACAACAUAAUAAUUCAAAGGUGUAAGAGUCACAUGAGUUGUUUUUUACUUCCACAACAAAACAAUAUACAUUCACAAAUUGUAUCACGAGAACACAAUAUACAUUCACAAGUUGUAUCACGAGAAGAGCUUAUUUGCCCCUAUAAAUAUGAAAGAUCAUUGGCAAUUUAAAGACAUCUCUCCCCUUUCAUCAACUCUUCAUUUUAAAUGUAAAAAAACUCUAAUGGCAUCUUCUUCUCAUUAUCACUACCAUAACGAUGACGAUGAUGAAGAUUAUGUUAAUGAUUACGUUGAAGAUUAUGUUAAUGAUUACGUUCAAAACUUUGAUGAAGAACCAAAAAAGCGGAAGCAACGUAUUUAUAUGGAGAGGUUCCGAGAAGACGGCCACCAGAAGCUUUGGAAUGAUUACUUUAGCGAGACUCCAACUUACAAUCCCGAGUUAUUCCGCCGACGGUUCCGAAUGAACAAAUCUUUGUUCUUGCGUAUUGUACAACGUCUCGAAACCAACAUACCGUAUUUUCAACAAGGAACCGAUUGUACCGGACGGUCUAGUCUAACACCCCUACAAAAAUGUACUGCAGCAAUUCGACAGUUGGCUUAUGGCGGUGCAGCUGAUUCACUUGAUGAGUAUGUCCGGCUUGCUGAAACGACAGCUCGGAAAUCUUUGCACAAAUUUACCGCCGGAAUAAUCAGCUUGUUUGGUGAUGAAUACCUACGCCAACCGACACAAGAGGAUCUGCAAAGACUUCUCUAUAUUGGAGACCAACGUGGGUUUCCGGGGAUGAUUGGCAGCAUCGACUGUAUGCAUUGGGAGUGGAAGAAUUGCCCCACUGCUUGGAAAGGAAUGUAUUCCCGAGGAACAGAUAAACCAACAAUUGUUUUGGAGGCGGUAGCUUCAAGUGACCUCUGGAUAUGGCACGCGUUUUUUGGAGCUCCAGGUACUAUGAACGAUCUUAAUAUUCUUGAUCGAUCCCCCGUUUUUGAUGACAUUAUUAACGGAAUUGCGCCAGAAGUGAACUUCUAUGUUAAUGGUAAUCAAUAUCAUUUGGCAUAUUAUCUCACUGAUGGUAUUUAUCCUAAAUGGGCGACUUUUAUUCAAUCUAUCCGACUUCCUCAAAGUGAGAAACAUUCGUUAUUUGCUAAAACCCAAGAAGCUGUUCGAAAAGAUGUCGAGCGUGCCUUCGGAGUUCUGCAAGCUAGAUUUGCCGUAGUGAAAAAUCCAUCCAAGCUAUGGGAUAAAGACAAAAUAGCAAAUAUUAUGAAGGCAUGCAUCAUACUCCAUAAUAUGAUUGUCGAGGAUGAACGAUCAUCAUACACUCAGUAUAACGUGAGAGAAUUUCAAGAAAGCGAGGAAGAUGAUACAUUCACCGUUACUCCGAAUUCAAAUCUCGGCACUGCAAUGGAUCGUCGAUCGAGCGUCCGUAACAGACAAGCCCAUGAACAAUUAAAAUUCGAUUUAAUGGAAAAUAUUUGGGCUAAAUUUCGACAUUUUCCAAAUAACCAAUGAUUUUAAAGUUUCUAUGAAUUGAAUAAAUGUGUGAUUUAUGAAUUUUUUUUUUAUGUAUGGAAUGUAAUAAAAUGUUUGUAAUUUUAAUUAAAUUAAAUUUUUUCCUCUUUUUAAUGUAUUGAAUAUAAAUAGAUAUAUCUUAAUUACUACUUAUUAAUAAAAAAAUGAUUCUAUACCUAAGAACCUUCUAAAAGUUCCAUUGAUAAUGUUGUAUUUUACUUAAGUAUCUUAGAAAACUUCUUAGACUAAAAAUACUAAUUAAAUAUUCUAAGAAGUUUGAUAAGAGUUGGCAUUGAUAAUGUUGCUCUUAGUGUUUUAAAAUUAAAAAGAAAAAGAAAAAAAGACAAUUAUCUUAAGGGACGUCUCUUAAUCAAGAGACAGAAGAGACGGCUCUUGUUUCCGUCUCCCACUCGUCCUCUUCCCAGCAUCAGAUGAAUCGUACUCUAGCUGAUUUUCAAGCGGCUCAGCAGCAACAAGCAGCUAUCAACGUGAUUCUUCUAAGAUCGGUGGUUCGUCUCACCGUUACGGCUCGCCGUUUCUUCCUAAUCUCAGGUCUCAGACGCAGCAUCAAUCGGAUUUGGUUGGGAUCCGAAUGGGAUACGGUUUGAGUAAUCAGACGUCAGCAGGCGAUUCAGAUUCUAAACCGGGUGGGGACUGAGUGGGACCAAUUAGAUGCGCUUUAUGAAUUCAAUUGGGACUUCAAACAUCUUGAAGAAGCAUUGGAGGAGGAAGAUGGAUUGCUCUAUGGGAAGAAAGUCUUCCUUUUUGGCUGUACAGAACGCGUUCGUGAAUCUUGUUCUUGCACUAUGCGAUCCAGUUGUCAUGUUCCAGCCCUACUACUCUUGUGAAUCCUGGUAACCCAAGCGGCACCUAUACUUAUACCUGGACUGAUACUUAUAGUUGAAUUGAUUUUACCUGAUAGUUUUGUUGGCGCUGUUACAGUUUAAUAGCUCUUUCUGAACAACUCUGAGUAAAGCAGAGAACAGUAGAGGCUUGUAAUUAUGUCUCUACCCUAAUCUAUUUGUUUUGCAAAUAACUGAACGCCUUACUUGUAAUUAUGUCUCUACCCUAAUCCACUUGAUUUUACCUGAUAGUUUUGUUGUUCAAAAGUAUGGAAGUUUAAUGGCAGAUGAUCACUAGAAGCUACUGAACGCCUUGCUGUUGCAGUUGGGCUGUAACCAAGCCACAGUCAGGAAGAAGGCUGUUACAUGCAUUGGUAAGUUAGUCUUCAUUAAGCUUCAAUGAUAGUUGUAUGAAAAAUCUUGUCAUUUACUCCUAUUGCAUUCCAUGUUUCUCAAUGUUUAACUUUUUUUUUAAGAACUCCUAAAUAAGAAACUCCCAUUGGAGCAUCAAAAUGUUGGUGUCUCUUAACUAAAUCUCUUAAAUGACAUUUAAUAGUUAAAAAUGAUUAAGAGACCCAUAGUGGGUUUUUGGGUUAAUGAUGCUCUAACGAUCCGAUCUCUUAACCGAAUUUAAUUUCCGGUACGGAGACGAAUUAUUAUUAACCGGUACGUUAUUAUUAAUAGAGUCCCUAACCGGUUCCCAUGUAGAGAAACGUCGGAUCUUCGUGGAAUAUUCGAGAACCGGCAUCGAGUUUCUGAGUAUCGCCGGCGUGUUUUACUUUGUGGCGGUACAAGAAGAAAGCUAGAGCUGAGAGCAUGCCGAGCGUGAUUCUCAGGGAAGAAAGGCUGAUCGGGAGCGUCCGGAGGAGGAGUCUCCGGGAAAAGCGGCUGGUGGAGAAUUCUUCGAUGAGUCUCGUUCAGCUUCACGCCGUUAACGGAGAACGAUAAGAGGAGGAAGAAGAAGAGUACGGAGUAAGGAACUCUCAUGGCGACUUGUGAUUAACUGUUUUACGAUUCUCCUCUCUUUCUAUCUUCAUCUUCUAAUUCUUCCUUCUUCAGUGGAAACACAAAUAAGAAAAUUGUUUAUGGGAAAAAGGAAAAUUAAAAAGUCGAUAAAAGGGAAAGUGAGAGACUAGAGACUAGAGAGAGAUCUACUUUCUUUUACCUCCUCUCAUUUUUCGUUAAUUAGUAAUUAAUUCUCCGUAAACGCUUUUUUUUGUAGUGUGAACAAAAUACAUAAAAAUGAAGAAUAUAUAGAAAUUUCCGAUUAUGGGUCCGAUUGGUAAUGGCUGUAGCUUUAAAUAUUUUGCUGUAGAAAAAAAUCUGUAGACUUUUUGCUGUGGCUUUAGAUUUUAUUGCUGUAGAAUUUUAUUGAAGCACCAAAAAAUUGCUUUGGAUAUUUGGCUCUGCAGAGCACUUGUACAGCUGUAGGAUAUUUUAAGAGCUGUGGUUUCAAAAAAAAAUUUAAAGCUUGAUUGCUCUGAAUUUGGUGCUGUGGAAAUAAAUAGGGCUGUGGACAGCACCUACAGCAACUACCAAUCACCCCCUAUGUUUCAUAGACGGAGGAAAACGACAUGUACAUGCCAGUCCAUUUUCGACUUUUUGAGUUUUGUAUUUUUUCAAUUUCCCUAAGUUGAUUUUAUUCUUAUAAUUACAACUAAUAACUCAUGUUCUAGGUUAAUACUGGCUUAUUCUAUAGCCGGAAAGCCAAUCCACUGUGGUCCAGCCAACUGUAGUGUAGAUGAGAAUAUUGGCCAAAAUUUGCAGUUUUCAACAGACUUUACACUAGUUUGGUUUUCACCACUAACAAAUAUUUUAAAGACAAACUGUAAAGCUGAUGGUAAAUGGUAAAUUUCAGCUUUAUUCCACAAUCCAGAUAUAUAUGAUUAUUAUUUUCAUAUGAAUAUAUAAUAAACACUGGCUUUUAUUGUAUUUUAUUCUUGAGCAUUUAAAAUGUAAGCUUAUAAAACAUAAUGAACUUUAUUCUUCUUACAACGAAUUUCACUGGCAUAUAGCCCUUUUUUACCGCAAAAUGGGUUAAUAAUAUACACGUAUAAUUCAAGUUUAUAGAGUCAGUUUAAAAUUAAAUAAAAUAAAAAUAUGUGAAUAAAAAUGAAGAGAGAAGACCCAUACAUAUAAAUUAGGAGUAAAGUGAGCUCAACGUUACAUUCGUAUCUUUAAUCUUUAACUUUUUUUGCUUUUAUUCGUGUAUACAUGUGUGUAGUGUAGACAAGCUCUCUAACGUUAUGCUUUUAUUUUAACAAAAAACUUUCUUAUUUUCUUUCAUCUCUAUACCUUUUUCAGUUUUCAUUUGCUGGGAAUGCCCAUUUAUUUUGCUCGCAUUUACAAAUGCUCCCUUUAUCUUUUAUCUAGAUUACUAACGAAUCAUGCGUGAACGUUAGUGACAAUAAUCUAAAGAGCUAUUUGUGUAUAUAGUACUUCCUCCGUUCCUAAAUGAUCCAUAUUUUAUAUUUUCAAUGUAUGUAAUAAUGGCAAAUUGUAAACUUCAAAAACAUUAAUUGUGUUUACUGAAUUUUAAUUGGUCAAAAGUCAUAGGAAAUAGCUAAACACAGAAAAUAAUACAUUUGUUAUCAAAUUUUAAAUGUUUUCUUAAUAAGUGUGAAAAUUCUAGAAAAAUGGAUUAUAUAGAAACAGAGGGAGUAUUAUUAGUUAUAUAUUUUACGCACAUUUCUAAGUUUUAGCUGCCUUGCGUGAUAACUGGCUUAUACGUUGCUAAUAAGAACAAGCAAAUGAUGUAAAAAAAGAAGAAGCAACAAAGAUUCUGCCGACACUUAAUACUCAAGGUACAUAAUAUUCGUCAACACUUUUGUACUCAUUUUCCUAUCAUUAUUGCCACUCCUUUUAUAUUUUUAUAGUGAGACAAGUCACAAGACAGAGUUAUUAAAUUAAAACUAAAAAAAAAGGUGUCGUGGUUUUAAUCCAAAACCAACUUGAACUAAUGUUGCAUUUUACAGGACUCAUCGUACGUGUACAAUCCAUAUACUGUGAAGAUUGAACCAUCGGCUAUACUUACCGGUCGAGUUUGAUUUUAAUAUUUUUAAAAAUAAAUUUCUCGAUGCAGUUAAGAGAAAUUAACGUUGGAUGAAACUAUUAGAAGCAUGUAAUUAACUAAUGAUACCGACAGAUCCGAGAUGAUCAUGGUCGGAUGGGUCCAAUGCUUGUAUCUAAACUAUUUGCUUAUUUUCUUUAAUAAUCUGGUUGAUUAAAAUACUAUUAUUGGUGGUAAUCAUGAUAAAGCUACCAGAUAGGCCUAGGCAUUUAACCCGGACCCGAAGACCCGACCCGAAACCGACCCGAAAAAAUCUGGUUCGGGUAGGAACCGAUCCGAUCAAAUUACUCUAUCGGGUCUUCUUACAGAGGACCCGCGGGUCUUAUAUCCGACCCGACCCAAAUCUGAAACUCGAUGGAUACCCGAAUUAACAAUGUAAAUUAAAUAAAAUGUAUUAAGGGGGAAUCGAAAACGGAUUAUUUGUCUAGAGAACAUGGAGGUCAACCACUAAGAGACAAUGAAUUAUUGUUGUAUCUUGCAUAGUUUAGUAUAUAUACACAUUUUAAUAUAAUAAAAACACAAAUUUUGAAUAAAAUUUUCAAUAUUUUCGGAUAUAUAAAUAUUUUCAGAUAUAUUUUUGUAUUUUUAAGUCUUUUUUAGAUCGAACCCGAACUGAACCCGACCCGAAACCGAACCGAAUCCGAACCGAUAAAUUCUAAUUACCAGACAAAUCCCUUCCUAGUGUUGUCAUAAUGAUUGUGAUGGGAUUAUGCAAAACGUUCAAAGCAAUUUUAGAAUCCCACACACCACUUCACUCAAUAAUAUCAGUCUAAUCACAGCCUUUCAAAUAAAAUAACUCGAAAUGAAGUCAGAUUGUAAAUAAUUAAAUUAUCAUCUUGAAGCAAAAGCUUCCUCUUCAAUAGAAAAAAAGAAGAUUUAAGAUUAAUGGUCGAAUUAAAUCACUUUGGGCUGUACUCAAGGACAUAAACAGAAGCCCAUUUGUGCCGCUCUAUUGAACCUUACGGCCUAUAUAAUAAGGCGCGAAAAUAUGAAUUAGUUUAUAAUUAACGGAAGCUUUUUCCACAUCAUCAAGACCCACGAUUAUUAGACCAUCUGCAAUGGAGGAUUUAAAUGAAUCCUUAGUACAUAAUCCUAAGCAAAUACCAAUACAAUAAUAAUAUAAAACCUAAAUAAGUUAAGUAGCAGUCCCUAAUUAAGGAUUAAAAUAAAUGAAUCCUUGCUGACGUGGCCUUCUUUCUUUUAACGUUUUCUGUAGUUUCUCUCUGUGGUUUUUCUUUCUCCGUCACUCUCCCCUGUCUCUCCCCUGUCUUAUUCUUCCUCCUCCACUUUCAUUGCCACUAUCCUAGAUCUCUUUUUCCAAGAAGUUUCCUUAUCCAGUGCCCUUUAAAUCUGAGAAAGCCUGCACCUUUAAGGUGUCUGAGCUCUUAACGAUGGAAUCUCCGAAACCCAUCCUCGAUUUCGAAAAGUUCGACAAUGGGUUUGUUCAGAAACUCGUCUACGAUGCUCUCGUUUGGUCUUCCCUUCACGGCCUUGUCGUCGGUGACAAAACUUAUCAGGUUAGUUAGUCCUCUCAAAGUUCCUGUCUUUUGAUGUUGGGUUCAACGUUUGAGGCAAAAGUCAAAAUCUUUGAAUCUCUAUGAGUCGUUUGUGUGUAGCUGAUUGAUUGUACUUGUUAGAGAUAGUGUUGAUGAGAGGUUUUGAUUUACAGAGAUCAGGAACAGUUCCAGGGGGGGGGGAUGAUGCACGCCCCCAUCGAAUUGCUGCCAACUCCACAUGGCUGGGGUAAGAACCGGUUCUUCGGUUUAUUCGUCGCUCCUCAAAGCUUACUGCAACACCAACUGGACUAGAGCUGCUCAGAAGGCAGGGAUCCAGUUCGACUCGAGCUGUUACGAAGCCUUAAUCAAAUCCCAGGUGAUUCAGAACGAUACUCACGGAGCUCUCAAUGUGUUCAAGGAGAUGAAAGAGGCGAAGAUACCCAGAGGAGGGAAUCAGCAGUUUGAGAAGCUCUUAAAGGGAUGCGAAGGAAACGCAGAGGCGGGACUUAUGUCGAAACUCUUGAGAGAAAUCAGAGAAGGGCAGAGUAGCUUGGAUGCUGGCGUUCACGAUUGGAACAAUGUGAUCCAUUUCUUUAGCAAGAAAGGCUUGAUGCAAGAUGCAGAGAAGGCGUUGAAGAGGAUGAGAAGUCUGGGGCAUUCGCUGAACGCUCAAACGUUUCAUUCUAUGGUCAGAGGCUAUGCAGCCAUUGGGAGUAAAUACACAGAGGUGACUGAGCUUUGGGGAGAGAUGAAGUCCAUAGUCGCAGCUACUUCAUCGAUGAGGUUUGAUCAGGAGCUGCUGGAUGCGGUGUUGUAUAAGUUUGUUAGAGGAGGGUUUUUCUCGAGGGCUAAUGAAGUUGUGGAGAUGAUGGAGAAAGAGAAGAUGUUUGUUGAUAAGUACAAGUAUCGGAUGCUCUUCAUGAAGUAUCACAAGACUGCUCAUAAAGGCAAAGCUCCAAAAGUUCAGAGCGAGUCUCAGCUCAGGAAGAGGGAAUCUGGUUUAACAUUCAAGAAAUAGCUAGGUUUAACUUGAUUGUUAUCUGAGUAAUUACCAUUG